CCGCCUUUGCCCGGGCUGCUCGAAGUGCCGCCGGGAAGGCGGGAGCCCAGAGUGCGGGGAGCUGGCGGGGCGGAGCGGGGCCGCCCGAGUGCCCAGGUCACAGCCGUGCGCGGAGGAGGGCGAACCGGAGCUGGGGCUCGGCUGGAGCCACGAUCGGUCCGCUCUGGCCGCCCCUCGGCCUCCCUCUGCUCCCACCUACCCCCCCGACACCCGGAGAAAAGCGUGCAAAGGCACUGAGAGGGACAGAAACCACAAAUAAAUAGCGGCGGCGGCAGCGCGUCAUCUGGUGGAGCAGGAAGUGCAGGCAGAGUCCAGAGGCUGGUGCUUUCUGCGCGUACCCAGGACUUUGCCAUGGGCUGGGGACCGCGGAGGCUGCAGACGGCCGGGCGAGGGCAGCGGCGGCUGCGUCCGCACCAGGGCUGAGCGAGCAGCGACGCGCGGGGCGCGCGGAGAUGGCAGCGUCCAGCAACUCCAGCCUGUCCGGCUCCUCCGUGUCCUCGGAUGCUGAAGAAUACCAGCCUCCAAUAUGGAAAUCGUACCUGUAUCAGUUACAGCAAGAGGCCCCUCGUCCCAAGAGGAUCAUUUGUCCCAGGGAGGUGGAAAACAGACCAAAAUAUUAUGGAAGAGAGUUUCACGGGAUCAUCUCCCGGGAGCAGGCAGAUGCGCUUCUCGGAGGUGUGGAGGGCGCCUACAUUCUUAGAGAAAGCCAACGUCAGCCAGGAUGCUACACGCUGGCGCUCAGGUUUGGAAACCAAACCUUAAACUACAGGCUCUUCUACGAUGGAAAACACUUUGUGGGCGAGAAGAGGUUCGAAUCGAUUCACGACCUGGUCACAGAUGGCUUGAUAACGCUGUACAUAGAAACAAAAGCCUCUGAGUACAUUUCCAAAAUGACAACGAACCCCAUUUAUGAGCACAUUGGCUAUGCCACGUUACUCCGAGAAAAAGUAUCCAGAAGGCUAAGCAGGUCUAAAAACGAAUCAAGAAAAGCGAGCGUCACAAGCGAAGAGCACACCACAGUUGAAAAGCGACCACUGAUGAGACAUCUCUGUGGACUUCCUAGAGGUCAUCACCUAGGCAACCAGAUCUCCUCCCUCGUCCGAAGGGCCGCCCUCACGCACAAUGACAACCACUUCAACUACGAGAAGACACACAACUUUAAGGUCCACACAUUCCGAGGCCCGCACUGGUGUGAAUACUGUGCCAACUUCAUGUGGGGGCUCAUCGCCCAAGGCGUCCGAUGCUCAGACUGUGGAUUGAAUGUACACAAACAGUGUUCCAAGCACGUUCCCAACGACUGCCAGCCUGAUCUAAAGAGGAUCAAGAAGGUGUAUUGUUGUGACCUCACAACACUCGUCAAGGCUCACAACUCUCAGAGACCCAUGGUGGUAGACAUAUGCAUCCGGGAGAUUGAAGCAAGAGGAUUAAAGUCAGAAGGCCUUUACAGAGUCUCCGGGUUCACUGAACACAUCGAAGAUGUCAAAAUGGCAUUUGACAGAGACGGUGAAAAGGCAGAUAUAUCUGCCAACAUCUAUCCAGACAUAAACAUCAUCGCUGGAGCCCUUAAACUGUAUUUCAGAGACUUACCCAUCCCUGUCAUCACCUACGAUACCUAUUCCAAAUUCAUAGAAGCAGCAAAAAUUGCCAACGCAGAUGAGAGGCUGGAAGCAGUCAAUGAAGUCUUGAUGCUGCUGCCUCCUGCCCACUACGAGACCCUCCGCUACCUAAUGAUCCACCUCAAGAAGGUGACUAUGAACGAAAAGGACAAUUUCAUGAAUGCUGAGAACCUGGGGAUCGUGUUUGGGCCCACCCUGAUGAGACCCCCUGAGGACAGCACACUCACCACCCUCCAUGACAUGCGGUACCAAAAGCUGAUAGUGCAGAUUUUAAUAGAAAAUGAAGAUGUCUUGUUUUAAUCCACCAGAGGAAUGAGUUGAAUGGCCCCAGCCCCAUCAAUGUUGUGAAAGCUAAGGGAAUCAAAGCAUUUCUUACACUUGAUUUGUUUUUCCAAGCAAGUGACAGAAUUUCCUGGACCACAGUGGAUGGCCAAGUCAGCUAUUGUGUCUCAUAGACACUCGCCUCCUCCGUGUGAGAACAGCAAGGGUGAGGGUGAGAAAAGACCCUCACCUGGGGUCCUUGCCGUGCCUCGUAUGUAUGUCUGUUUGGCUGGAAGAGUGAUUAAUAAAUCUUUCUUUAACUUAUUAAAAAACAAAAACAAAAACAAAAAAAACAAUGUAGACCUUUAAGCUUCAGUCUUAGUAAUAAAAGGGAACUUAAUUCCUAGAGGUACUUGAUGCAGUUCUACAUUUUCCACUUACAGAAAAGAAGACAAUUCUAUAUGUUAAAUGUUAAAUGAAACUUAUAUUGUAAAAUGUAUUUUUAUUUUAGCUGCAAGAAUGUUACUUUAUUUUAGCAAAUAGAACUCAAUGCAGUGCAUUGGUUAUUACCUUGUGUACCUUGUCCUGCCUUCUUGCUGUGACCCCUGAAAAAGUUUACCAUGAAUGCAGUAUUAUCUCGACAUACCUCUGUCCUUCCCAGUGCUUUGCAAGGAAAUUCCACCUGCCACCUGUGUCUCUGUUUUGGAUAGUUUUUGCUGUUAAGCACUGGCAUUUUGCUAUCGUAUGGCAUAUGUUUAUAGCAACUAUAGGACGAUCUAAAGCAUCCAGACAUUUUCUUUCUAUAAAAAUUUGUAAAAUCCCAAAGUAUGUUUUUGGAAUUGGUAGUAGGUUUCCCAUGUCAUGUGUGUAUAUCCCAGAAUAUGCAGAAUGUGGUCAAUUUUACAUAAAAUAAUUUGGGAGCACUGGUUGUAUCUAGGCUGUAUAAAAAGUUAACAUUUUUUUCCUGUUUUCUUUUCAGGCAAGCACUCUAGAUUCACAUGUUAAGACCCAGUUGUAUUUCUGCCACAUUUUUGUAUCUAUGGAAAGUAAAUCUGCAGAAUAAUUUUUUGAUUUUUGUUUCAUUUUUGUUUUAUAAACAAGCCUAUUUUUUUAAAGCAGGAAUGAAUAAGUUUGGUGUAUACGACUAUUUGUUCCUCUUUAAUAAAAGUAGCUCUGUAUGGAUAAUAAUUUCAUAUGAUUUUAUUCCUAUAGUUCCAGCUGAUUGAUUAUGUUUAUCUUAGUAUGAGCUUUUCACGCCAAGAUCUCUAUAUUUUGUAACAUAAGUAAAAUACUUAACGCAUCAAAAACUGGAAAUCUAGAUUUUUUUGUUUUUUCUUCAAUCAGGCUACCAUGUCUUUUCCUCUGAUUGUCUGAGAUGAUCCGUGUACUUACUCACUAGUCUUGUUUUGGAGUGACCAGAAGAGAAUUACUGUGAUAAGUGAGCUGAAAGGAGGGGGGUAGUGCAAUUGUCUUGGCAAGUCCGGAGGAGCGAUGCGGAUGGACUCCAUUGUCACAUGGGGUCAAAAUGCCCCUGCUGUGAUUGCUCCUCCCUGCUGUACAGACUUGUUUGUUGUCGCUUACUUCUAGAUACUGUCCAAAAAAAAAAAAAUAUCUGGAAAUGGUUUUAUUUUGUGAAGUGAACAAUACUUUGUAAUUUAUGAUAGUGUAAAUGGAAGGGAAAUCAUUAAAUGUAUUAAAUUCUUCUGUCUGUCA